AAAACAUGUGGUUUUACCUGAUAAGAAAGCUUAUAACAAAUGAUAAAGCCUUUCAGAAACCAUAUCUGAUAUAAACAUAAAAAUAAUCAGUACUCGUGGCUGCAAGUUGGCAGUUUUAAAGAGAUACAAUUGAAACAUCUGUUAAAAUAACGAACUCAGGAUGAAAACUACGGCACUAUUUUUUGUUCUGUUUAAUGCAGUGUUUGUUGCAGUUCUCACGGACCAGUCGUUAGACGAGGUUCCUGAACUUCAGUUUGUAGAACCUGAUCCAGAUCUUGAAAAAUAUUUGAGAGAAGCUAUUGAGAACUUCAGAGAACAAAUGAAAGUAGGAAUAGAAGCUAUUAAAAUGCCAGUUUUGGAUCCUUUGGAACUUAAAAACCUUGACAUCAAUGUUCUUGAAAACCUCGCAACUUUAGAUUUAAAAAUUAGAAAGAUAACAGUUCUUGGAUUAUCUAGUUUCAACUUCCGAGAUAUUUAUCCUGAUCUGGAAAACUUUUAUUUGGAAUUUAAUUUUACAAUGCCUAGCUUAACUUCACAUGGAAAAUAUAACAUGAAUGGAAAACUGCUGAGAAUAUUUCCCGUACGAGGAAAUGGUACUUUUGAAAUUAAUAUAACUAAUGUAGAAAUAGGUGGACUUGGCCAACUGGAAUUUAUAAAUGAUACUUUGCAGAUGACAAAACUGGAAUUAAAUUUAACGUGGAAAAAUCUCGGGCUGUUUCUUGAAAAUUUCUUAGGUGGUGGAAAAUUUUCCGAAGUAUUGCAAAAACUGAUACCUGCUUUAGGAAAAACUAUGUUUGAUAAUUUUAAACCAACUAUUUUAGAAUUAAUGAACAGUUCUUUGAUAAAUCAAGUUAACAAACAACUUCAAAGGCCUGAAGUUAAAAAAAUCAUUGAUGGUAUUUUACCCAAUAGACAGUGACCAGUUAAAUGCUUUCUACAAAAUGACAAUGAGCUUAAUAUUUUUUGCAUACUAUAAAGAAUAACGCUCUCUACAAAUAUACUUUUGUGAUUGAUGCACUUUUAUACUUGAUUCAUAUAUUUUUGUCUCAUAUUGAUGAACUUUAUACUUCUUUUGUUAUUUUAAAACAUGUAGCGGUUAUGUUAACUUAUUUUUUUACUGUAUAAAUUAAAUUAUGUGUUUUUAUAUCAAUUUUAAAAUAAUUGAAUGCUGCUUUGUAAAUAAAGUUAAUUUAAUAACUUUGAACCGACUAUUUUAAGAUUAACGAGCAGUUCCCUUGCAAAAGAAGUUAACAAACAACAAUUUUGUAGAUCUGAUUAUAAGAAAAUUAAUGAAAAUAUUUUAUUGCAAAAAUCUUUAAACUAUAAUUUUUAAUACUUUAUUAAUAAGCUUUUUAAGUC